CAUGAGCGACGUGGUGGAGCGGACUCUCAGCGCCCUGCCCGGGCUGCUGGGGCAGCACGACCCCGGCACCGGCCUGGGCGGUGCCGGCGGCCCCGCCAGGGUGUCGGCCACCUCCCGGCUCGGCAGCCUCAUCCGGAGCAUCACGGCGCUCACCUCCAAGCACGAAGAAGAAAAAUUGAUCCAUCAGGAACUAACCAGUUUGAAAGCAACAGUUUCAGCCCCCACCACAACACUUAGACUCAUGAAAGAAUGUAUGGUGAGACUCAUCUACUGUGAAAUGCUGGGGUACGAGUCUUCCUUUGGAUAUAUCCAUGCAAUCAAGCUUGCACAGCAAGGAAAUCUUUUGGAGAAGAGAGUUGGCUACUUGGCAGUUUCUCUAUUUCUGCAUGAAAAUCAUGAACUGCUGCUUCUACUUGUGAACACAGUUGUGAAGGACUUACAGAGCACUAAUCUAGUCGAGGUGUGCAUGGCAUUAACUGUUGUCAGCCAGAUCUUUCCACGAGAGAUGAUUCCAGCUGUUCUUCCCCUAAUAGAAGACAAGCUCCAGCACUCUAAGGAAAUUAUCCGAAGAAAAGCUGUUCAGGCUUUAUAUAAGUUCUAUCUCAUCGCUCCUAACCAAGUUCAGCACAUCCAUGAUAAGUUCCGGAAAGCCCUAUGUGACAGGGAUGCUGGAGUCAUGGCUGCCUCUCUGCAUAUUUAUCUUCAAAUGAUUAAGGAAAACUCAUCUGGAUACAAGGACUUGACUGGGAGUUUUGUAACCAUCCUAAAGCAGGUAGUGGGAGGAAAGCUCUCUUCGGACUUCAACUAUCACAGUGUGCCAGCACCAUGGUUGCAAAUUCAGCUUUUAAGAAUAUUGGGGCUGUUAGGAAAAGAUGAUCCAAGGACAAGUGAAUUGAUGUAUGAGGUUCUAGAUGAAUCUUUAAGAAGAGCAGAGAUAAAUCAUAAUAUUACAUAUGCCAUCUUAUUUGAAUGUGUCCAAACAAUUUAUACAAUUUAUCCCAAAUCUGAACUACUUGAAAAAGCUGCCAAGUGCAUUGGAAAAUUUGUUUUGUCACCCAAGAUUAAUUUGAAAUACUUAGGUUUAAAGGCUCUGACCUACGUCAUCCAGCAGGAUCCUAAUCUGGCCCUUCAGCACCAGAUGACAAUAAUUGAAUGUCUGGACCAUCCAGAUCCCAUUAUUAAAAGGGAGACUUUAGAGCUUCUCUAUAGGAUUACAAAUGGACAGAAUGUCAUUGUCAUAGUUCAGAAGAUGCUCGACUACUUAAAAGAAAGUAAAGAAGAAUAUACUAUCAUCAACCUAGUUGCCAAAGUAGCAGAACUAGCUGAGAAGUAUGCUCCUAACAACGAGUGGUUCAUCCAGACAAUGAAUGCUGUGUUUUCAGCUGGGGGGGAUGUUGUGCAUCCUGAUAUCCCAAACAACUUUCUGAGGCUGUUGGCUGAAGGAUUUGAUGAUGGGAAUGAGGAUCAUCAGCUACGGGUGUAUGCAGUGCAGUCUUAUUUAUCACUACUUGGAGAGGAAGAUGCGUUGUAUCCACAGAAAUUCCUUCAAGUUAUGAGUUGGGUGUUGGGAGAAUAUUUCAGUCUUGUUACAGAUGUCGAUCCAGAAGUUAUUUUGACAAAACUACACAGCCUGCUGAAGAAGACUUAUGUUACUUCUGAAACUAAAGCGUGGAUAAUGGCUGCAGUCACUAAGAUAGCAUCACAUACCUCCUGUUCAGAAACAGUUGACAAACUAAUCCAAGAAUUUAGCAGCUCUCUAGAUACCUGCAUAAGACAAUAUGCCUUUGAAUUGAAACAUCUGUGUGAAGACAAAGCACUGAUGAAAAAUUUGCUUCCAUUUGAUGCUAGUUGCAGUGAUAUGGUGGUAGAUGCUUCCUUAUCUUUUCUGGAUGGGUUUGUGGCUGAAGGGCUUGGUCGUGGGGCAGCACCAUAUAAGCCUCAUCACCAGAGGCAAGAGGAGAAGCUUUCUCAGGAAAAAGCUCUGAAUUUUGAACCUUACGGAUUGUCCUUUGCUUCAAGUGUGUCCUCUUCUGGUGUCACCGGCAGACAGUCCCCCACUGGUUUAUCUUUUGGUUCUGAUACAUCUGGUAAUAGUGCUGAGACAGGGCACAAAGAGACAAAUACUCUGAAACUUGAAGGAGUACGUAAGCUGUGGGGAAAAGAAGGUUAUCUUCCAAAAAAAGAAAAAGUAGGGAAAGAAAAUGAGCCACAAACAGUUUCUUGUGGCAGCUUAUUAGCAGGACAGGCGGGUGACCCUCCUGUGUUGAGGUCUGAUCAGGGUGCCAGCCUCACUGAGGAAGACAAAGAGAAGCAGCAGUUAGCAUCAACCUUAUUUGUUGGGCUGGGACCAAGUGCUGGUGUCAGUCUGCUGGGGAAAGCAGACACAGCUACUCAGAAGUUCAAAAGGAAAUCAAAGAUAAAUGAACCUCAGUAUAGUGAGGAGGCAUCAGACUUCAAAAAUAGUGGUUCUUCAGAUUUUGGUCCCUUACUUGAUAAAGUACCUAUUAACACAGAAGACUCUGAGGAAAGUGCACACACAAGGUUAAAGAAAGCCUCCCUGUGCUCUUCAGAUAAUGUAGAAGAUAAUUUAGUGUUUGAAACACCUCAGUCCCUUAAAAAAUCUGUGCUGGAUGACAGACUUUCAGAUAAUAGGCUGUCACAGUCAUCUUUGUUUGCUGAUAGCAAUAUUGAAAUUUUUCAGCCUUCUCCAAGUGCUCAGUGUGAAAGUGCCAGUGAAACACCAUUGGUUCCUUCCUUACCAAAAGAACUUGAAGAGCUUCCUCACUCUGAGGUAGUGAAUCUUUGUCAGAGUGAUGCCUUAGCUCUGUAUUUAUGUAAGGUGUGGACAGAUGACUCUCUAUUGCUCACUGUCUUAGUUUCCAAUAAAAGCACUUCUGCACUUAAUGCUGUGAACUUAGUGUUUGAAGAAACAGAACACUUUCAGAUUUUGGAGAGUCCCUCCCACCAGUUUCCUGUAAUUGAAGCUCAAAGUUUGGAACACUGCCAGAAAUGUGUGAGGAUGAACAAAAUCUCUACCCAGGGGAUUCUUUCUGGCUCUGUUAAUUACCAGUCAGAGAUGGAAACUUGCCUUGAAUUUUCAGUAACUUUGUCACUGAUGGACUUCAUCAGGCCAAUGGAAAUGACUACAGAAGACUUUGGAAAGCUGUGGUUGUCCCUUUCCAAUGAUGUGAAACAGAAUAUAAAAAUGUUGUCUUCCCAAGAUUCCCUUUCAGCAGCCUUGAAUACACUGCAACAGAAACUGAAACUCCAUAUAGUUGACAUUAUAGGUAAUGAGGGAAUACUGGCAUGCCAGCUGCUUCCAUCUGUGCCCUGCCUGCUGCACUGCCGGACUCACUCAGGGAUGUUGGCUGUGUGGUUCAGAUCACCUUGUGCUGCUCUUCCAGAUGGUUUGCUCUACCAGUGUCAAAAGUGAAGAACACUGUAAUGCUACAGAAGUCUUGAAUCCAUUGGUGAUUUAAAUAUCCUGUGUUUCACUUGGAGAUACCAGAAGAUUGCAAGAAUACACUUUAGAUAUUUGGAACAGAAUUCUGCGUGCCUGCUCACUUUAUACAGUCCUCUUUUUGGAAUUCUGCCAGCUAGUGUGUUUUGGUUUUAGGCAUCACCAGAGACUUGAGUAUCUCUUGUUAUUCAUAGUUGACAGGAAUAGCAUUUUUUUAAGUUCAGUGCUAACAUAAGAAAGCACUUGCUAUAGAGGGGGGAGCUUGGGGAGUUUGCCAUAAUGGCUGAACUGCAGGUUCAGCCCUGGGCUAAGUCAGGGGGCUGGUUUGUGUAAGAAAGCUGCCAGUGUGGAACAGGAGUCCUGGCUGAGCUGGGGAACUCAGGCCCUUGAGAACCUCAGCAGUUCAGUGCUGGAAAUCCCUCUGGUCUUCAUCCAUCAUCCAUCUGUCUCUGACUGCUUAGAUAAUUAUCCAAAGGAAUAUUUUUCCAUUUAGUUCCGUAUUGAAAAUCCUUUUGUGAGUAUCUUCCUCCUCAGUGGUGGUUCCAUUUAAUUUUCUUUGUGACUUGGUAGAUCUUGAAGGCUUAGGCUGUUUUGCAGGCUAGAAGGAAGAGAGCACAUAGGUUUGCAUGAAGAAGUUUGCUUUUAAGAGGCAACCAGAGGCCAGUGAGCAUAAAAUGACCUUUCUGAACUGGCAGGUUAACAAUGUUUGGACCAAAACCUGGGUACCAGGAGGCCUCAUUGUUUUACUACUGUGUGCCAUGGGCAACUUGGAGUUCUGGACAUUUUGGGAGUCUACAGGUAAGUGACUGUAGUGGAUCUAUAUUUCAACUCUUUGGUCAGCUUCUCCUUCCUUGCCCCAUGUAUUUUCAG